AUGCCGUCUGGUCCAUCGCUGCCGCCCAAAAUUGAUCUCGCCGCCCUUGACAGUGCCAUUGAGUCGAUACCGUUGCAUGAAGAUAUCUUCAAGUUCGAUCCGGUUUCUCAGGUCGAUACCUCUCCAUGGCCACGGGCACCGGCAGGCGAUGGCAGCGGCUCACUCGUCCCUAGUACCCCUUACAGCUUGAUGGCGCGUGCUUUCACUCUCAUCUCUUCGACACGUUCUCGCUUGGCUAUCACCACUCUCUUGACGAAUCUCCUUCGUGUCAUUCGCGCGCACGAUGCUUCGAGCCUCUUACCGGCCGUCUAUCUCGUCUCGAACCACAUUGCUCCUGCAUACGAUGGCGUAGAGCUCGGUCUGGGUGGCUCCAUCCUCAAUAAGGCAAUACUCGACGUGACGGGCGUAUCGCGAGCACGCAUGAAGCAGCUGUGGAAUUCUACUGGCGACUCGGGCGAUGUGGCAUUCGAGGCCAGGAAAGGGUGCAAGACGCUUGUGCAGCAUGUGCCGCUCACUGUCUCGAAACUAUACAAGACGCUGCAGCUGAUCGCAGGGAUCAAAGGGCAAGGCAGUGCGAAUGCGAAGUUGGCACAUGUGACCAAGCUGCUCGUUGCGAGCAGAGGUGAAGAGAUACGGUUUCUUGUGAGGACCUUUGUCAGUCACUUGCGGAUCCAAGCGGUCAAAACAACGAUCGCAACAGCCCUAGCUAUGACGUUCUCUCUCGUGGAUGGCACGGCCACCGAAUCAGUAGAAUUUAGCAAGUCUCACUAUCUCAUCACGCGCGAAGAUCGGAAAGGUCUCCUCGCUACGCCGACAAAGCAGUCUGAGCGACACAGCCCUGCUCGCCUGACCCUGAUGGCACGUCUUCGGCUCUCUGAGCGUCUCAUGCGCCAAGUCCGCGCGCGGCAUCCCAACUUUAGCGUCAUCGUCCCGGCGCUCCAGGAAGUAGGUUUGGAUGGUCUCAGCACACGCGUCCCGCUCAGCGUCGGGACGCCUCUUAGUCCGAUGCUUGGCAGCAUCACACGCAGCUUGCAAGACAUGCGUGCGAAAUUUGGCGAGCGGGCUUUCGUCUCGGAAUUCAAGUACGACGGGCAGCGCGUUCAGAUUCACGCGCUCUUCCUGCCGUAUGCUGUUUCUGGGAAGGAUGGCGCUGCACCGGACUGGGCAAAGAGGCGUCGGGAGGCUGUGCCUGCGGAGAAGGGCAGAUGGGUCAAGUGCUGCAAUGGUGACGGCGAAGUCUGGGUGCGGCUCUUCAGCCGGCAUUUAGAGGACAUGACCGUAAAAUACCCAGACAUUUGCGAUCUGAUGCCUCUUCUGAUGGGCCACGGGGAGGCGACGGCAGAUGCCAGCUUCCUUGGGGCGUUGCCGACGGCACGGCCUAGCGAGGGUGAUGCUGCGACAACCGCUUCUACGUCUCUUUUGGAGAACCCUGCCGCUUCAGCUGCACCGCCCGUGAAGACCAGAUCGCUGAUCAUGGACGCUGAGGUUGUUGCGAUUGGCUUGCAGGGCGAGCCAUUACCCUUUCAGACCCUGGCAAAUCGCAGCCGGAAGGAAGUCAAUAUCAAGGAUGUCAAAGUCAAAGUCGGUGUCUUCGCAUUUGAUCUAAUGUACCUCGAUGGGAAACCACUGCUCAAGACUUCCUUCCGGCAGCGACGCAAGGCUUUGCAAACGCGCUUCCCGCAGUUCAACCCUCCCGAUCCGCUCAUUGCGCGCUUUGCGCACGUACGCUCGUGCGAGAGCACCGACUUGGAUGAAAUCUCUGCGUUUUUUGAAGCGGCGCAGGCUAGCAAGUGCGAAGGGAUCAUGGCCAAAAGCUUGGAUCAUCACUGGGAGGCUGUGGAGGGGUCCGAAGUCAGGUGCACGACACGAGCAUUCCACACUGGGAAUAUGAAGGCAGCCACUGGCGAAACCGAGGAUGGAAAGGCUGGCGAGCAUCUGCUGGAGAAGCUUGAUGACGAGGUUGCGGAUGAGCUCGUCCUCAACACGGAAGAAGGCGAGGAAGAUGAGGAGCGAGAGCAAGAUGCGAUCGGCAAGGGCGUCAAUGGGCGAGGCAAAGCUUUACUAUCCACAUACGAGCCAGAUAGACGCUGCGAGUCCUGGCUCAAGGUCAAGCGCGACUACGUCGAAGGCAUGGGCGACUCUCUCGAUCUCGUCCCUAUUGGCGCGUGGCACGGCAUGGGCCGCAAAGCGGCCUGGUGGAGUCCGAUCCUACUUGCUCUGUAUGACCCGGACACGGGCGGGUACCAAGCGGUAUGCAAAUGCAUAUCGGGCUUCACAGACAAUGAGUACAAACGGAUCUUUGCCAAGUUUGCCGAGGGCUCCGAGCUGUGCUACGAUCCUCGCAAGCGUGAGCCGAUGGACGAAUACGAGCUCGGCGGGAUGAGCCUGCCGGAUGUGCUCUUCCGUCCCUGCGAGGUGUGGGAAGUGCGCGGCGCGGACAUUACACUCUCGCCCGUGUAUCAUGCUGCGCUCGGGCUGGUCAGCGAGGAGAGAGGCCUGUCGAUGCGCUUCCCGAGGUUCAUCCGGAGGAGGGAGGACAAGAGUGUCGAGAACGCUUCGACGCCAGAGGACCUGGCGGUCAUCUAUCGAGCGCAGUAG